AAGCCAUCGUCCGUCACGUGUUUUCUUCGGUGCUCUUACUCCUUUUAAGCUUCAACAUUCUAGAUAUAAGGGAUCCAUUAAGGGAAGAUCCCUCUAUGCCUUCUUUCUAGCCUCCUGAAAUUUUGAGUGAGAUCCAAAGGGAUAGACUGAUCAUAUUUCGCAAUCCUUGAACCGAAUCGAGUCCACAGAGCCAGCCUUCUUAAUCUCUCUUUCUUGUUUUUGUCCCCAAGUUCCCUGCUCUAUGGCCUCUUCCAAAAAGAAUUACCAUGUGUUUGUGAGUUUCAGAGGCACGGACGUCCGCAACAACUUCCUUCAUGAUCUCUAUGCAGCUCUGAAUCAUAAAGGGAUAUACACUUUUGUGGAUAGCGUGGAGCUCAGGAAAGGAGAGCAAAUAUCGCCGGCACUUAUGAGGGCGAUUGAGGAAUCGCGCCUCGCAAUCAUCAUUUUCUCCAAGGACUACGAUUCCUCAAGGUGGUGUUUGGAAGAGUUGGCUAAGAUCAUGGAGUGCAAGGCACAGAAGGAGCUGAUUGUGUUGCUGGUGUUUUACAAAGUGGAACCAAGAGAAGUGAGACGGGCAAUAAAGGGUUAUGGGAGAGCUAUGGCUAAGCAUGAGUCCGAUUCUGAGAAGGAUCCAAAGGCAGUGGAGACAUGGAAGAAGGCUCUCUUCGAUGCCGGUAACUUGUCUGGUUGGGUUUGCAAUGAUGGAGAUGAAGCAGAGCUCAUACAAAGCAUCGUAAAGGAAUUACCAAUUCAUCUAGAGCGAACACCCUUGCAUGUUGCUGAGUAUCUGGUUGGGAUAGAUUCCCGAGUUGAAGAACUAAUAUCAUUGUCGCAAAAAGAGUCGGAUGGUGAUGAUGUUCUCAUGAUAGGUAUAUGGGGACCUGGAGGUAUAGGGAAGACGACGAUUGCUAAAGCCACAUAUAAUGCUAUUGAGAGACACUUUCAGGGAUCUAUAUUUUUGGAGCGAGUUAGAGAAACUUCAAACAAAUGCAGUCUAGUUGAGUUGCAAAAAAGACUUCUUUCUCAAAUCUUACCUCCUAAACAUCCAUCAGUCCAUAGUGUCGCUGAAGGAGUUAGUUUGAUAAAGGAAAGACUUUAUUGUAAGAAGGUUCUCUUGGUUCUUGAUGAUGUUGACCAUUCGUGUCAACCGAAUGCAUUAGCUGGAGGAGGUAAUUGGUUUGGCAAAGGAAGUAGAAUCUUUAUAACAACAAGGGAUAAACAUUUGGUUACUUCUUCUCAUUGCAUGAAUCGCGUGUAUCCAGUUAAAACUUUAGACAGCCAUGAGGCACUAGACCUUUUUGUUUGGCAUGCCUUUCAAAACAGCAAAAAAACUGAAAUAAGAACGGAUCUCAUAUAUAGAGCACUACGUUGCGCUAGUGGCCUUCCAUUAGCCCUCGAAGCGUUGGGUUCAUUCUUACGUGGAAGAAACGAACCAGCAUGGGAAAGUGAGCUGUGUAAACUCUCCAAGAGUCCUGACAGAGUUAUCAAUCAAGUUCUGAAGAUAAGCUUCGAUGGAUUGGAGAAUGACGAGAAGGAGAUUUUCCUCGACAUUGCUUGUUUCUUUAAAAGAAAAAGUAUAAAAUACAUCAAAAAAGUUCUCAACAGCUGUGGCUUUGAGACAACUAUAGGAAUAGAAACUCUCAUUGACAGGUCCUUGAUAAGAAAGGAGCAUGGGACCCUGCAAAUGCAUGAUUUGGUUCAAUUGAUGGGUAAGAAUAUUGUUAUGCAGGACUAUCCUAAAAAUCCUGGGCGACACAGCAGAUUAUGGCUUUUUGAAGAUGUUAUGGACAUUCUAUGUGAAGAUAAGGUAAAAGUUGUUUAUGUAAACAUUGUUAUAUCUCAUUUUCAUGUUACUUUGAUUUGGUCAGUAUAUUAUAAAUCUCAGUGGAAAUUUUGUAUGACAACUGAAUUUGCUCAAUUACGGACAGGGAACGGAAGCAAUAGAGGCCAUGGUGUGGACUUGCUCACACCAGAAGAGGGAACUUUGAGUCUUGAAGAGAUAACCAUAAAGGCUGAUGCUUUUGAAAAAAUGACGAACUUGAGAAUGCUCAUCUUGCCUGAAGUGCAUAUCUCUUCAGAAGGUCCUAUCCGUCUCCCUAGUAACCUAAGAUGGCUUAAAUGGCCCAAUGCCCCAUUUCUAGAAUUUGGCUUUGGUCCAAAGAAACUUGUUGGACUUGAUAUCCAAAAAAGUCAUAUCAGACAAUUUGACGGCAAAUUUAAGAAUUUUAUAUGGUUGAAGUAUAUCAAUUUCAGUCAAUGCAAGUCCCUGGUUAGUGCUCCUGAACUUUCAUCAAUUCCAAAUCUGGAGAGGUUGAAUCUUGAUGGGUGCGAAAGCUUGGUGGAGGUUCACCAAUCCGUCACAUGUCACAACAAGUUAAAAUUUUUGUCACUACAGUUUUGCUCUAACCUCAGUAACUUUCCUCACACACUCAAAGGCAAAAUCUCUUCAAACCCUCGAUCUCUUUGGUUGCUCAUGGAACAUCUAGAAGAGCUUGAUCUAGGUUGGACAGCUAUCAAAGAAUUGCCUGCAUCAGUUGAAAAUCUUCUCUAUGUGAAGAUAAUAAAUUUAGCAAAAUGCAAAAGACUCCCAACGCUCCCCUCAAGUGUUUAUAAAUUGCAAAAUCUCAAGAAUCUGAAUCUUGGAGGUUGCUCCAAUUUUGUUAUGUUUCCAAAGAACUUGGAGGAUUCAACUAAUCCUAAUGGCAAUUCGGGAUUCCAAAAAUUAAAGUGGCUAGAUCUUAAUGGCUGCAAUCUCUCAGAAGUAGAGUUCCUCGAGAGUCCUUCCUGUUUUCCCAAAUUGGGGGGCCUAAGUCUUUCCGGAAACAAGCUUACUCAUCUGCCAACAUGCAUCGACAAAUACGAUGAUUUGGAACACUUGGAUGUGCAUAACUGCAAACAGCUACAAAAGAUUCCUCAACUUCCGCCAAAUGUGCAUGUCCUAUGGGCAAAUGGUUGCAGAUCUCUACGAGAGUUCCUAGAUUUGUCGAGUCUCUCCUCCAGUUGCCGUGUGGUUGAGUUGUACUCAUGUCGUGAAUUAUUCCGCGAAGGGGCAAAUACGGCUAAUUUGUUAUCGCUCAAGGAGCUCCCGAAGAUGAGAAUCGUUAGCAUUAUCCUGAGUGGAAGAGAGAUGCCAGAAUGGUUUCUCCGUUGUAAAGACAAUUCCAUAUCUUUCAUGGUUCCCGGUGACCUGAAUGACAAGUUCUUAGGAGUAGCACUCUGUAUUGUUCUUGGCCUGAAGGAAGGAAAAGCAGCCGAUGUUAGAUGCGACAUCCAUAUGGGUGGCCAAGGGUUCCAUGGCGUGAGAAGACGGUUUCCUUUGAUGAAAUCUGAUACUGUGUGGAUUGAAUAUUUCUCACGCAGCACGUUUCUUUUAGGAGAGAAGCUUCCGCCAGACGAUCAGAGCCAUUUCCAAGUUCACCUCAAUGUAUUAGGAGGAAAAUUGAUUAAGUGGGGAUUCCGUGCUAUAAACGAGCAAGAGGAGGAUGAUCUGAAGAUCUUGCCCCAACACCAUCAGCCGAAUGAAACAAAUCAGUCUUUGGAGGAAAGAAAGUCAGAAGAAGACAUUUGGUUCGGCACCGAGGAAGACGAAAGUUCAAGUGAAACAGAUGAUGAAUGUAACAAAGAAAAGCUCUCUCAGCCGAAUGAAACAAAUUGGUCUUCGGAGGAAAGAGACUCAGAAGAAGACAAAUGGAUAGACACCGAGGAAGAAGAAAGUUCAAGUGAAACAGAGGAUGAAUAUUACAGAGAAAUGCUCUUCAAAUAUGUACGGGAUUGUUAUUGUUCUACCGCAGAAAGUGCCUGUCGGAGCUUCAACUCAAGGAAGAAGCUAACAUUUGGGUCAUUCUCGGGACUAAAUAAAUUUAGAAGAAGUAUUUACAGCAAAGAAAGAUACAGAUAGAGAGUUCAAGUUAAACAGAUGAUGAAUCUUGAUGCAUUUUGCUUUUCCCUUUUUUCCGUCCCUACUAGAUGUUUUUGAUCGUCUGCUCCUUCGAUUCACAUUCAGAAUCAUUAUGAAAUACAGGUUUCAUAUCAUUCUACCGACAUGGUUGAAGUUGAGGAGCUUUCUUUUUCCCU